GAACUCCCAUAGCCGUCCUGUGAACUCUAACCCAGUGAGAAGAAGGAGCCAAAGGAUAGCGGUUUGAGGAAGCCCCCCCAAGAGGCUCCCAGAGAAGCAGUUCCAUUGAGAUGAUGCAACUGUAAGAACUUGGCUGUGCUGGGCCAUGGAACUUUGAGGUACCUGUGUUCCACAGAGCUCCAAGAACCUAACAUUCCCGGUCCCUCCUCGAGCUCCUUCCCCUCUAACCACCAUCCAGCUGGAAAGCUCCUCCGGGGUGGGGGCACCCUGCAUCAUGAUGCUUAACUCAGACCCCAUGGAGCUGGACCUGCCUCCCACCCAUUCAGAGACAGAGUCAGGUUUCAGUGACUGCGGGGGAGGUGUGGGUUCGGACAGAACAGGACCUGGAGGUACUGGGGGAGGCCAGGCCAGGGGUCCUGAGAUGGGGGAGUCUGGUCGCAAGGACCUGCAGCAUCUGAGCCGUGAGGAACGGCGGCGGAGGCGGCGGGCCACCGCCAAGUAUCGCACUGCCCAUGCCACUAGGGAACGGAUCCGAGUGGAGGCCUUCAACCUAGCUUUUGCUGAGCUUCGCAAGCUGCUGCCCACCUUACCCCCUGACAAGAAGCUCUCCAAGAUUGAAAUCUUACGCCUGGCCAUCUGCUAUAUUUCCUACCUGAACCAUGUCCUAGAUGUCUGAACUUUUUGGUCCCUUGUCUGGGGGAAUCCUACCCUUGGGGUCCCUUUCUCUCCCACCUGAGAAUACCUUGCUGCCCAACUCUCUUUCUCUCUCUCUCUCAAUGUUGUUAUGUCCACCCUAAACCAUGAUCUGGACUGUUAAGUCCCUGUACCACCCCCUUGCCUCCCCUUCCCCCCCCAGACUCAUAAAUGGGCACUUGUCCAGAGAGAGCAACGAUUUAGCUCAGACCAGGGAUAGAGGCUAUUUUUACAUGUUAACUGGUGGCAGUGGGUUGUGUAUGGAUAUGUGUGUGUGUGUGUGUGUGUGUGUGAGAGAGAGAGAGAGAGAGAGAGAGAGAGAGAGAGAGAGAGAGAGAGAACAGGGCUGUCAGCCGGUGUGUGGCCUUUACCCUUUUCUUUAGGCUGUUCAAACCUGCUCUUUGUUUCUACCUAGCUUUUGGUCAAGCUGCUAUGGUCCCUGCUCACAUUUGAAUUGUUAGAGAUCUCGGAAUUUAGUUCUGACCCCUGUCUUACCUACAUAUCCACCAUCCCUUUUCAGCAAAUCCUGUCUAGAGCUGGAGGGAAUAAGUUGGACCAGGAAAGUAAAGAAGGCUGGAGUCAGGGUAAAUGGGAGAUUGCCUGGAGAUUUCCUCAGAUAAGAGACUGUAUCAUUUUUGUUAUCUAGCUUACUCUUGAUGCUUAUCUCCUCCUAGUUGUAUGCUUCACUUUUCUGGGUUAUUUGGCUAUUUUGACCCUGCUGCCUCCUUCCUCUCCAAUUUUUUAUGGCCCAGGCAAAGUAUUAUCUGGGGCUGUCCCAAAGGUCAGAGUAACCUAGGGCCUAUCCAAAGCAGAUCUAAUACAUCCUGAGGAAAACUAGCCAAUGGGAAGGCUUUAGAUAGCUACCUGCAAAUGUCCCAUCACCCCCAUGGGGUGUAUGAGUGUGUGUGUGUGCGUGUGUGUGAGUAUGUGUGUGCAAAUACAAUGUCUAAGAGGGGCAUGAGCUGAAGGGAUCAUUGGCUGGUAUAGGGGUGUUUCCUCUCUUCUAUUCCCCUACUACUGCCUCUUCUCUCCCUUCCCCCAAACUUUCACUACCACAAGGAUAUUUAUUUAUUUAUGUUAUUUAUUUAAUUUAUUUAUAAAUGUUGCUAUUUAUUGCCGUGUUGUGCACUUUGGUUUUAGAGUGAGGGUCUGAAGCAGCUCUAGCUGGACAUCUCUCUCUCUCUCUCUCUCUCUCUCUCUCUCUCUCUCUCUCUCUCUCUCUCUUUCCCUCCCCCCUCCUUCUCUCCCCUUUCUUCUUCUUUUCUCCAGUCUUGGCCUUUCUCUCACCACAUCACCCUUUCCACUUUCCACUUUGUAUAAUUUCCCUGCUUUGCCCUCUCUCCAAAAAGAACUCAAAAUUCUCCCUACAUUCCUCCCAAGGAUUUUGGACUGCUUCUUCAUAUCUCUCCCUUCCAAACUCCAUCCAGCAUCAAACUAUGGGCUUGGGUCUUCUACUUUGAAACCCCCACAACCCCAAACAGCCCCUGUCCCAUUGCCCUCUAUCCUAUGUGAUUCCCUUAAUGGCAGUUAUGAUUUUCACACAAAAAAAGAAAA